AGAGUGCUGAGGACUGCGGAAAAGAUCAUCAGGACUCCUCUUCCUUCUAUCCAGGAAAUCGCAAAAAAGCCGCUGCCUGACCAGGGCUCGGAAAAUCUGCAGAGACUCCUCCCACCCGCACCAAGGACUGUUCUCACUGCUGGACUGUAGAAAGAGGUUCAGCAGCCUCCGUGGCAGAACCCCAAGGUCGAACAAUGUAAGCGCACUCCUCCCUGGUUUACUGCUGGAAAGAAGUAACUGAAUUCAGGAUGAAUGACAUGAACCUGAGUCCAGUGGGCAUGGACCAGCUCAGUGUGUCUUCAGUCAGUGCAAGCCACUUGGGCUUGGCCACUUCACCCCCACAUAAUGCCAUUCCCACACCAGGAAUGCCGGUGGCCAUCCCUAACUUAGGUCCUUCCUUAGGCUCCCUUCCUUCUGCACUGUCCCUGAUGUUGCCAAUGGGACCGCUAGGGGAUAGAGGAGUGAUGUGUGGCCUUCCGGAGAGGAAUUAUUCCCUGCCUCCGCCUCCGUACCCCCACUUGGAGAGCAGCUACUUCCGACAUAUAUUACCAGGUAUUUUGUCCUAUUUGGCGGACCGUCCACCUCCACAGUACAUCCACCCCAGCAGCCUCAACAUGGAUGGAACCCUAUCUGUGUCGAGCAACAACCCCUCAGGUCUUGACCCUUACAGUACAGCAGGCGGCCCUCUAGAGCAAGGCCUGGUUUCCAUGGACUCAAGGCAGGCCAGCGGGCACGGAGACCUGCACCAGCCUGGGGCUCAUGAGCUGGACUCUACAGGGUUAGCAAUGGAGUCACGUGUCAGCAGCCCAAUGUCCCCGGACAGGAUGGGAGAGGAUCUGGCCACCAUGGAUGGGGUCGGGGUGUCAGACACCCAGCAGCAGCUUGGAGGAGGCCGACAGCCACAUGAAGGCCUCCCUGGGGUGGACUCUUCUGGAGGGGUGAUGCCUCUGCAUGGACCUGCUGUGCUGGAGCUCCCUGUGGUGAUGGAGUCUGACCACAUGGGGGGCCGUGUGGGGAAUGCAGGCGGAGGAGGCGCAGUUGGACUCGGGGAGCAGCUUCACUCAAACGGUGAGCUCAGCUCUGGUGUCGUUAGUGUGGUGCUCACGAGUUCCAUAGGCAACCAGGGUCAGCUUGGCCCCGUAUCCCUUCAUGGUCACUCUGGGAUGGGACUAGAUGUUGUAAACGUCUCCCCCAUCACCACUGAGGUAUCACUGGGUCCAGAAAACAUGGUGCUCGUCAACUCCAGCUUACAACUUGAGGAUUCAACUUCAAACAAAGAGGGAAUGGUCGCUGCUUACAUUUGGUGCACACUGUGUGAGCGCUCAUACACCUCAGACUGCCCAGAGCACGGCCCGGUCACCUUCAUCCCAGACACGCCCAUUCAAAGCCGGGCUCGUCUCUCUAUUCCACGCCCACUGUGCCUGCGCAUCUCUGUAGCUGACGAGCCGCUUGGUGUGUUUGCAAGAGACGUCAUUCCGGCAAGGACAUGCUUCGGGCCUAUGGUUGGCCAGCACUGUAGCAACGUGGACCUCCCUGAUUGGCCGGAUAAAGACACACCUCAGAUAUGGAAGAUGUACCACAACAAUGUGCUGGAGUUCUACAUCGUGACAGCAGAUGAGAAUGAAUGCAACUGGAUGAUGUUCGUCCACAAAGCAAGGAACCGUGAAGAGCAGAACCUUGUCGCCUACUCUGCCAAUGGUAAACUCUUCUUCUGCACAACCGUGGAGAUCCACCCAGACCAGGAGCUGCGCCUCCACUACAGCCGAGACUACUGCAGACUGAUGGGUGUUCCUCCUUUGCCUGAGACCCAGCUCUGCCAUUGCGGCAAAGACUGCUCCUCCUUUUCUGACCUCAAGACUCACAUGAGCGGCCAUAGCCAGCCUCCACACAGCCACAGCCCAACACAGCAGGACUUGCAGCAGCAGGAGCAACCACCUCAACAACAACAGCAGCAGCAGCAUGAGAAGCUAACCAACGGGACCUCAAGCUCUUCUUCCUCCUCUCCUUGGCCCGGCCACACGGCAGCACAGACUAACGGCGACAACUGCAACAGGAGUGACAAUAAUCAGAAUAGCACUACUAUUACUACUACUACAACUACUCCUACUAGGACUACCCCCAGAACAAACUCAAAGAGUCAGGUGCGGGAGAAGAAGUUCAAGUGCAGCAUGUGUUCCCGGGCUUUCAUCACGUCCACCAAACUCAACGUGCACUUCAUGGGCCACGUGGGCAUGAAGCCUCAUAAGUGUGAAUAUUGCAGCAAGGCUUUUAGCGAUCCCAGCAACCUCAGGAUGCACCUCAAAAUUCACACAGGUCAAAAGAACUACAGAUGCACGGUUUGCGAGAAGUCGUUCACGCAGAAGUCCCACGUGGCGUCACACAUGCUCAUACACACCGGCGCCGAGAAGCUGAAGUGUGACCUGUGCGAGCGGACUUUCAUCAGAAAACAGGACCUGAACCAGCACAUGUUGUCUCACACGCACGAGCGUCGCAUCCAGUGUCCCAAGUGCAACAAGCAUUUCAUGAAGACCAACCACCUGAAGAAGCACAUGAACUCCCACGAGGGUCGCAGAGACUUUGUCUGCGAGAAGUGCCACAAGGCCUUCCUCACCAAAUACCACCUCACUCGACACCUGAAGAUAUGCAAAGGGCCCAAGACGGAACGCUCGUCCCGCAAGGAGCAACGCGAAGAGGAAGAGGAGGAGGAGGAAGAAGAGGAGGAAGAGGAAGAAACAGACGACGGCGGCGACGGGAGAGGAAGCGCCGAAAGACUCAUGGACUCUGGCAGGAAUGAAGACUGUCGUUUAGAUGUUGGAGGAUAUAACUCUGAAAAGUCCCUGUCACCUCCUCAUUAAGUUAAAUUAUUCACACACAAUACCUUAGACCAGGGGUGUCCAAACUUUUUCCACAGAGGGCCGCACACGGAAAAAUUUAAGCAUGCAAGGGCCAUUUUGAUAUUGUAUUUUCAAACCAUAACAAAAUAUAUGGAUUUUUUUUAAUACUUAGUGCUCGUGGGGAGCAUAGAGGGUCUCAGUCACUAAAAUGUUAAAAAUUAGUAAAAUUUUAAUUAUUUUUUAUUUAAUGCUUACAGUAAAUCUCUAUAUCAACUUGAGGUAUAUAUAAGGUAAAACAAAUAAGGUUUUAUGCCUUUUCUGUCAAAAACAACUUGGUUUUUAAUAGUAAAAGUAAUGAAAUAUGCAGUAUUUAGAUAAAUAGAUAGAUUGAUUGGCAACACUAAAAUUGGCCCUAGUGUGUGAAUGUGAGUGUGAAUGUUGUCUGUCUAUCUGUGUUGGCCCUGCGAUGAGGUGGCGACUUGUCCAGGGUUUACCCCGCCUUCCGCCCAAUUGUAGCUGAGAUAGGCGCCAGCGACCCCAAAAGGGAAUAAGCGGUAGAAAAUGGAUCGAUGGAUGUUCUUUAUUGAUUCCUUCAGGAGAGUUCCUUUAUUCAGCAAUUAAAGCCCUCAAAGAUCAAUAAUGCAGGACACCAUUGAUUUUAAUGAUUUAAUAUUUUUGAGUAAUCACAGUGAAAAGUUUAAAAAAAUCCUACUAAAUAUAUUUGAGAUCCAAAAGGUUCCCCACUCAUAAAGUGAUACAUUUUUAUUAUUAUUUUUACUUUUAACACUUAAAUUUCAAAAUCUACUUCCUAUAUAUCUGUCGAUUUUAAGUUUUAACUAUUAUUUUUUUUGUUUUAUGCUCUUUUGUCAAAACUUUGAUGUUUUUAUAUGGCGACCACACAACAUAUGCAAUAUUUUUUCCACAUAAAACAUUUUAAAGUGAUAAUUUUUAAGUAAUAAUUCAUUAUUACAUAGAUUUUUUAGUCCUUUUUUUUUUUGAGCAAUGGAAAAAAAAGAAAAUAAAGACAAAAGUCAACAUUGAAACUUUUUCUCAUUAGAUUUCACCUCAUUCCACUUUAUUUUUUAAUUUUUUUAAUUUUUGCAAUACUAUCAAUAUUGCAAUUUUUGCAGAAUGUGUGGCGGGCCGGUUAACGAUUAGCUGCGGGCCGCAAAUGGUCCCCGAGCCGCACUUUGGACACCCCUGCCUUGGAUUAAUAUUUACCUCCGCUUGUUGCAUACAUUUGCCUUAUUAACCAGCAUGUUGGAUUUUACAUUUAUAUUUUCUCUUAAGCAUAUCAGAGCUGCUAAAAUAUUUUUGUAAUACAAGAAAAUGUACAUCUUGAGUUUGAUUAUAUUUCAUUUCCUUGAUACUCAUUUAACUGUGGUCAAUAUUGGGCAAUGUGUAAUUAUUAUUUGUACCAUACUUUAACUCACUCUCUUUCAUAGUCACUUUUUAAAUUAAAUUGUAGCUGCUUUGUGCAUUUAGUUAUCAUGUACUGUUAUUUAUCAUAAGGAGAUGUUGGGGCAUUAUGCGAACCUUAAUUCUAAAGAUAAUUUAAUAGUGCCAGUGUGUUUGUUGCAUACCAGAUUAUUAAAUGCUCAUUUGAAUUGUAAGCAAA